UCAGGCUUCCGUAGCUCCGAACAUGUGUGCACUUCUCUCUCAGACCAGUUAGCUGCUGCGAGCUGAUGGCCUCAGCAGAGAGCUCAUAGCUAGCAGGUGAUCAGGUGCUGCCGUUCCUUCCUCUUGGAUUACUUUCUCCUGCAUCUUCUGACCGUGAGAGACAGAAACGAAGAGCACCAUUAUCUUUAUAACACUGCAGUUACAGCUAAUUAGGCUAACGUCAGCUAGCUAACCAGCUGCAGACUCUCCUUAAAAAUGGCCACUGUUUCAAUCCCUUCAUGUUCCAGUGCUCUCUUACUGGAUAUCGAGGGGACGACCACACCGAUCACAUUUGUAAAGGAUGUUUUAUUUCCAUACAUCAGGGAGCAUCUUGAAGAUUAUUUGUCCUGUCACUGGGAAGAAGAUGAAUGCAAACAAGACGUUCAUCUCUUAAAGAAACAGAUCGAGGAGGACAUGAGACAGAACCGCUCGUGUCCCGUCCACGCCGUGGAUCAGACGGUGCACACAGACGAGGAGAAGGCCAUCAGGGAGGUGGUGGAUAACGUGCUGUGGCAGAUGGCGGCGGACAGGAAGUCCACGGCUCUCAAACAGCUCCAGGGUCACAUGUGGAGAGCGGCGUAUUCUUCGGGGAGAAUCAAAGGCGAGAUCUACCAGGAUGUGACUCCAUCCAUCAAGAGAUGGAGAGAAAAAGGACUCAAAGUGUUCAUCUACUCGUCUGGAAGCGUGGAGGCACAAAAACUUCUGUUCGGUUACUCUGUGGAGGGAGACGUUUUAGAUUUAUUAGACGGUCACUUCGACACCACUAUAGGAUCGAAAGUGGAGAGUAAAAGCUACGAGAGGAUCGCUGAGAGGAUCGGCUGUCCACCUGAGGAGAUCACGUUCUUGACAGACGUGACUCGAGAGGCUAAAGCAGCCGAGGAAGCCGGGGCCAACGUGGUGGUGGUGGUCCGGCCCGGAAACAUGGAGCUGACAGACGACGAGAGGGCCCACUAUAACCUCAUCACAUCCUUUAGCCAACUUGAACUGUCGGGACGUGCUUAACGCAGAGAGCACGACUCUGUUUACUGACCCGUUCCUGCUCUUUUUACCCUUCACCGCCUCCCCCCGUACCUUUUCUGAUAUUUUAUUUGUUCCGCUUUCGACUGUUCAGGAAGUGUCCGAGGUGCUGCGGUCAGUUACCGGCGAGACUACUGUAAAGAAAUGUACCCUUCCCUUCUUUCUGAAUGCCUUUCAAAUGUUGGUAGCAGAUCUGUGGAGCGUUUAAGGAACCUCACUCUCAUGGACCAUUUCAUUGAUCCGACAGAGAACAGAAAAAAAAUAAUACAGCACGUGACAUCCAACCUUUUUACCUGUUCAGGAGAACUGCACUUUGUUGUCAGUUCUCAAACUCUCUAACCCAAACUUUCCAGCUGUAUGUGUUGUAAAACAUCCUCCAUGAAAUGUGCUGUUUUCUCCCUCCACACAUGAUUAUUACCCCGUGAGAGGGAACCCUGUUCUUGUUUUAGAAAGUAGACCCACAGUAGAGACGUACUGAGCGUUGGUGCUGCUGACAUACAGUUCUCAUUGUUUGAAUGUCUUAAUAAAUCCCCUCACAGGUGAAUGGUGUCUAUUUAAAUGUGCCAUCCUUGUUGAUCAUAAUGUACUGUUGGUGUUGGAAAGUUACCCCAAAUAUUGCCAAAUUGAUAAUAUAUGUGUGAAGCAUAAUUGGUGUUAUUCAGGAAAUGGUGUUCAAAAAAAACUUCCAAUAAAUGCCUUGUCUCACACUGAA